CUAACGCGGGAGGCGGGACAGCUGGCUUGGCUUUCUCCGCUUCCUGUCCCCGAUUCGGCGUGGCCGGUGAAUGGCUGAGUCACGAAAAGCCGCUACCGCCUGCCGAUGCGGAGGCCAUGGCUUGGGCUGCGCCCUCUUUACCCUCCGAUAAAUCUCGGUUUAUCUGUAUAUAUCCAGCCUACAUAAAUAACAAGAAGACAAUAGCAGAAGGAAGAAGAAUACCUCUUGACAAAGCUAUUGAAAAUCCUACAUCUACAGAAAUUCAAGAUGUUUGUGCAGCAGUUGGUCUUAAUGUGCUUUUGGAGAAAAACAAAAUGUAUUCCAGGGAAUGGAACCGUGAUGCGCAAUAUAGGGGUAGAGUUCGCAUUCAGCUGAAGCAGGAAGAUGGUAAUUUAUGUCAGCCUCAGUUUCCAACACGUAAGGCAGUGAUGUUAUAUGCAGCAGAAACCAUUCCCAAACUGAAAACAAGGACACAGAAAAUGGGAGGCAGUGACCCAAGUCUACAGCAAGGAGAAGGUGGCAAAAAAAAUAAAGGAAAAAAGAAGAAAUGAAUGUGACAUGGACUAAUACUAUAUGUUCAAAUGAAUAUGGUUACAGAAGAAUAAUGACUUCAAAUGACAGUUGGACAGACCAAUGAAAACAUGCAAAGCUAUUUUGUGGUAGUUUUUAAAUUAGAAUGAGUUUCAUUUUGUAUAAAAUUAUGGUUGAACCAUUUGGGAACAUAGCCAGAAAAUCCUCUUCUAGUAUUUAAAACAUACAGUGGUGGCCAAAAUUGUGGAAACCUUUUGGGAAAAGUGUAUUUUCUAAAACUAGCUAAUAACACCACUUUUUUGGGAGUAGUAUCAUAAAAUUGAGGGACACGGUGGCUCAGUGGAUAAGACUGAAGUGGUUGAGCUUGUCGAUCGAAAGGUCGGCAGUUCAAUGGUUCAAAUCCCUAGUGCCACGUAACAGGGUGAGCUCCCAUUACUUGUCCCAGCUUCUGCCAACCUAGCAGUUCGAAAGCAUGUAAAAAAUGCAAGUAGAAAAAUAGGGACCACCUUUGGUGGGAAGGUAACAGCAUUCCGUGCGCCUUUGGCAUUUAGUCAUGCUGGCCACAUGAUCACGGAGACAUCUUCAGACAGCACUGGCUCUUCGGCUUUGAAACGGAGACGAGCACCGCCCCCUAGAGUUGGGAACGACUAGCACAUAUGUGCGAGGGAAACCUUUACCUUUACUUUUACCAUAAAAUUAUAUAUCAAUGGAAAGACAAUUUAAUCAAGAAUGUAAUGCAAUAACUUUUAUGAAGGAUAUGCUAUUAGAAUAGCAGUUGCAGUAUAAAGAAAAGUGAAAUGUAGAAAAAACGAGAUAUACAAAAAUUAUCACCAUAAAAAAAAUGAGGUAUACAAAAAUUAUGUCAAUUAAUAGUUGGGUAAUCUUUAGCAUGAAUUACAGUCUUACGUCUUCCCAUGGAGUGAACAAAGUUUUUUCAUUCUGCAGCUGUUAUAAUGUGAAACCAAGAUUGAAUGAUUGCUUCUAUUAACUGAUUUUUAUUGCUGGGUCACUUCUGACUAACAAGUUUCUUUAGUCGUCUCCAUAGAUUUUCAAUUGGGUUAAGGUCUGGGCUAUUCCCAGGCCAUUCCAGAAGUGGAAUAUGAUUAUCUUGAAACUCCAAAAAAAACUGGUGUUAUUAGCCAUCAAACCUCAAAAAUACACUUUUCCCAAAAGGUUUCCACAAUUUUGGCCACUGCUGUAUGGAAAAAAUGUUUUAAUGUAUUGAACUAUAUGUACAAAUGAGUGCAAAGCUGUUUGUUUUUGCCUUGGACACAUUUUCACUUGAUAAUUUUACAAUGAAAAUACAUUGUCACUGUGAUCUUAGGCUUCUGAAACAAUUUUUCUUUAUUACAAUAAACAUGUUUGAAUUAAA